GUUUAGACUAUGAAAUCUUACUCUGUUGCUUUUCAACUGUGCAUAGAUAAAGAAAACACUAAAUUAUUGUCAUAACCUUUCUAGUCACCAAGUGCGCGUUUGCCAGAAAAUACACAUGCCACGUGUGUUCGCCAUAUCAUGCAGCUGUGGGUAUUGCAGACCCUUCCCUCCUUUGCUGAAAGAAGAGAGAAAGUAGCGACGUUAGCUAGCUAAUGACUAGACAUGUACAUCCUAAGUCUCUUUUCAGUAGGCAGAAAUGUAAUCUAGGUCAUGAAGAAGAGAGGCUCGUGUUUGAAAAUAGCGAAUGUUUUAGAAAUGUCCCGCUUGAAGUUUGAAAAAGUUAGUAAUCUUACUAUUCUAUUUAGAUGAGCCAGUUCUUAUCAAAACUCUUCGGUAACAUUAUUUAUAAUUUCGGAACUUGAUUUCGAACUCUUGUUGAAUAUUUAAUACACGAGUUACUGCGUUGAUGUGAUGUAAUUAAGAAUAGUAAUUUUGGAGAAAAAAAAAUAGAAGAAGAGAAUAAAUAUGGAGUGGAGCGUCAAAAUGGGACCGAUACAUAUAGGAAGAAGAAAUGAGACUGAAGUACAGUGGUCGCCACCUAGAAGAAGAUAGUUUUCUGUUAUCCAGUUCACAGUUGGACACCAAAGGAUUACAUCGUUCCAGAAUAAAUUCCAGAAUAGCUCCAGUAAACGUUAGGAUACAACGUGGUUGGCAUAGUCUUCAACUCACUGAAAACAAGCGCCACCUGGUGAAUUUCAAAAAUAGUCUGAAAGUUGGAUACCACCCCAGCCUCAUUUCACCUUUAGAAAAUGGAAGCGAUCGUGCAACGUCUUUGUCAUCUCCCGAAAUUAUUUAUCGAAAUAACAAUGUUGAAGAUGAGAGCUUUUCAGAGUCAGAUCAAGAUUGCAACGAGAUCAAUCUCCAUAUUCAAACGCUAACUUUACAGGAAAAUUCUGAAGUCAACGGAGAAAUCGAAAUAAGUGAUGAUUGUAACAAUAAUACUAAGAGUGCCAACAGUUUCAUUUCUAAACCAAUAGAAGACCCAGAUAGCGAAGACUCGCUCUUUUCUAAUAUAUUGGAUUCAUCUCAAGAUUAUGUGCUGGACCAUUUAGAAAACAAUAAUAAUGAAAAUUACAUUUCCGAAAGUGUAAUAAACCCACUGAAAGAACCGAUCAAAUUAAACGAACAAUGUCUUUCAGAAAAAUCAUUACGAAAAUUUCAUAGCCUUUCAUAUGAUGAAGUGACUCAAGAAGAGAGAGUUUGCUCAGUUUCGAGCGUGGAACAGGAACGUUGUAAGAAGUACAACUGUGCCAACUCUGAUUCCGGAAGUUCACACUUUGCGGAUAAAACUUCUAUGAGUGAAACAAGACCGUAUUCUGAUUUUGAUAUCAACAUGGCAACAGAAACGUUAAAUAAUUUCUCAAUGGCAACAAGUAAACACUGCGAUAUUCAGUGUUUGUUCAGCAAUCGAGAAGAAAUACAAAAUGUGAACAUUCGACAAAUAGACUCACAAUCAGCAAGUUUGGACGAACCAAAGAUUUUAAAUACAGCCUCAACCCUUCCCAAAAAUAUGACCAGUGAAUACCAAGAAAGGCUUAAGAACAAAGAUAAAAUGGAAGUUUCCACUUUACUAGGUUAUACAGAAAAAUGUGCUUUCGAUUCUGUUGAGAAAGAAAGAGAAAAAGGAAAAACUCGAGAUGAUGUAAACUUCAAACAUGGAAGAUGUGGUGCAAAUGUUGUGAUUAAUCCUUUCUCGAUGGAUCAUCCUUCAAGAUGUAAAGACAAUGAUGGUGAAAAAGGAGAAAAUUGUUUGGGAUCUUCUUGUGAAAAUUGUGAAGAAAUUCUAAAAAUGACUGAGUCUAUUCCUGAAAAAUUGGAAAAAACAAUUGAAAAAACACAUGAACUUGCAAAGACUCGUAUGUGUUCUGAAAAGAGAGCGGAACUCUUCGUGCCGGGCAUAGAGAUGGGGUUAGAGUCCAUAAAUGUUUCUACCAUAAAUUCCUUGCAGUGGCAACAAUCGGAUGAACGAAAUGCUAUUUCAUCAUCUGGAUAUGAUAUGAUACAAAGAGAAAACUCUUUUUUAAGGAAUGCUGAAGAGCAAAAAUGCAUGCUUUCUGAUAACAACUUAAAUAACAACAGUAUUACGAAUAACGCCGUAUUCAAGAGCGUGGCGGAAAAAGUUAUGUUACCUUCUCCUUUCUUGUCUGACUCAGAAAAACGAACAAGUUUAUUGGCGGGAAAAAACACAAGUAAAUCUAUACAUUCACAGAGAGAUAAUUGUAGUUCUUCAUUAGAAGGUUUUGGAAAUUUUGAGUUCUACAACAUUGAGACUACAAUGCCAAACAUUGAUUGGGAUGCAAUGGAGGCCCAUUUCAUUCGAGCCGCCGAGGAACCGAACUGGUUUUCACAGCAGCAUCAUGACCGAGAGGAAAUCCGCAGGAAGUUAGCUGUAGACUCGGAUAGUGAGGACUAUUUCUGUGGGAAAAAAGUCACCAAGAAACCAAGUCUCUCAACCAGACUUCAGAGUGGGAUGAAUCUUCAGAUAUGCUUUAUGAAUGAAACAGCCAGUGACCAAGAGAGUCAAGGAAGUGAUCACGACAUAGAAACUUCUUAUCGAAAAGAAAGUGUAUCUGAAGAGUUAUCAGUUGAAGAAACUGCUAGAAAUACUAAUGUUUCAGAUCAUAAUAAGAUAAAGUCAAGUACGUCAUUAACAGAAUCCUCAGGUAGUAUUGAAGUCACAGACACCAAGAGGCAGAGACCAUCUUUUUUCUUUAAUCGCCCUAGAAGUUGGAGCUUACGAUCAUCCCAAAAGAACAAAGAAAUCAAAGAGAAAAAUGAGAAGAUUGUAGAAGAUUUCGUUACCAGACAAGCUCGAUUGCAGUCAGAAGCAAGAGUGGCUUUAGCCCAAGCUAAAGAUAUGGCUCGCAUGCAGAUGGAAGUUGAGAGGCAAAGAAAAAAGAAAUCUCCCAUUGCAGAUAUAGUUGGCUUCCCUCUUCCUGAUGGUCAUCGCCACCUUACUCGUCAGACUUUAAGUGAUCUGAAUAUAGCACAGCUACAAGUAAUAGUCAAUGACUUACAUACACAGAUAGAAAGCUUCAAUGAAGAUUUGGUACAGCUACUGUUAGAAAGAGAUGAUCUUCUUAUGCAGCAAGACUCCAUGUUAGUAGAUAUAGAGGACCUCACAAGAUACCUAGGUGCAAAGAAUGAGGCACUGAGUAACCAACAAAGUGUAGAGAAAACUGGCUCACUCUUGAAGUAAACACUACAGGAAGUCACAUCUCAAAGAGUUUAUAAGUCACUAUAAGGUCAUCAGUUAGUUAUGUGUUGGACUCUGAAAUAUACUUGUGUUUCAUUUACUGUCGAUAUGGAUCUUAUCAGGGUACUGGAGAUUAAUAUAUAUAUAUAUAUAUAUAUAUAUACCAUACGUACUUAACUGUAAAUUUGUGUACAAUUUACUAUGUUGGUCAUUGAUCACAUUUUCUUCCUAUUUUUGAGUAUAAUUAGUACAGUAAUGUAACUGAAAAAAAUAGCUUUAUAUUGAGCAUAAGUAUUGAUAACAAUGAUAAAGAGAAUUUUUCUUGAGUACGUUUUUUGUUGCUAUUUGUUUUGUUAUAUCGUACAGAAGUCAGCAUCAGAUGUGAUAACAUCUAACGGGGUUAAGAUGUGUAGUGAUGUACAUUAUUAUUAAGAAUAUAGAAUAAGAUAUCUCUAAAGUCAGUGUAAAAUCCAAAGGUUAAGUUAGAAAAUGGGCAACGUAAUUCGAUAAUAUGAUUCAUAAGAAGGUGAGAAUGCUUACUGAGAAACUAAAUAAUAUCAUAAUAGGAUCUGGUGAUUAAGAUCGUAAAAAACUAAAUUUGCACAAGAUCAUAAUUUGAAAACAAUGUUGGUAAGCCAUCAACCAAACCAAAGUAUAAUUUCACCAAUUUAAAAUCCUAAAUACUGUAAUUAUAAUUUCACUGGUUUGUUUGUUUGAUGUUAAGCCCAAAGCUGUACAAUGGGCUAUCUGUGCUCAGACCACCACGGAUAUCGAAAACGGUUUCUACCGUUGUAAGUCCGUAGGCAUACCGCUGUGCCACUUCAGGUAUGAUAAAAUGUUUUGUUUGUAAAUUCUUAUAGUUGAGUUAAGCCUUUGUCAAUCGUUGUGUUUAAAUGUUUCAAGUAUUUUAGCUAUAUAGAGCUGCAUAGCAAAGUCAGAGUAGUCAACAUGGUUUAAGAAGAGUAACGUCACAAAAACUUUGUGAGGGAGUAAAGAAGGCUGAACUCUCGUGGCCCCUUAAUUCAGCUUGGGGCUCUUUGCUAUGUCAUUAUUUGCUUAUAUGCGUUAAUCCGGCCUGACUAGAAAUGUCUCGCAGAACUACCAUUUGGGAGCACUCCUACAGCUUGGGGGCGCCUCCGAAAUGACAACUGUGCAUGGUUUCUUUGUUAUAUUAUAUAGCUUUGGCACAAUUUGUUUUAUAAUCUUAGGCAACCAUUUUAGAAGAUGUCAUCGGUUUUAUUUUUGCUCUUAGGUUUAAAAGCACUUAUAGUUUUUUUUUAAGUCCUGAAGAUUUGUCAAAGUAAAAUGUAAACUUUGAAAUUAACUUUGUUUAGUCGUACCGUCUUUAUAUGUUAAGCCUGAUUAUAAAAGUCUUGAGCUACCUCUUACUAUAUUGUCACUAAAUAUUUGGAGGGGGGGUCUAUUAAUGGGAAAAGGAGUGGGAUUAGCUAUUAGACAAAUGUCACAUUAUAUCUAAUCCUUGGAUGAGUACAUGAAACACGGGUUUAUUGAUAAAAGUAAGGGAUUUCAGUCUGUGUAGUUAAUAGGGACAAAUAUAAGGUUGAGAAAACUGUUAAUUUGAAGCAUCAUGGGAAAUAAUUUAAGAUGCUUCCUUGCAGCUUCAUGCAUUAUUUUGGAGUCUCUGACUGCUAUGUAGAUAAUCAUCUUGAAAAGAAUCGUAAUUGUUCAGUCACUUUAGUUGGCUGGCGUUCGUGGCUUAACCCUUUUCUUUUUCAGGAAAAUAUGGAAAUAAGAAAUACAUUCUCUUCAUAAAGUAAUAGAAUUGUAUUGUUUACGUUUCGUGUAAGGUUUACAAAAAAAAAUUUCUGGAAGUAAAUGGUAAAUAUUGAUUAUUUUACUAAAAAAGCUGAUAGUCCUUCAAUAGUUUUGUAGUUCUAGAAAAUUUUCAACAAUCUAGAAAAUUAAUAUUGUAUUUAUAGUGAGCAUGCUUAAACGUACUGACAAGAUUAAGAGUACGUCUAUGAGAAAAACCUUUUCAUUAUCAUUAAAGGUAAUAGCAUAAUUUCUGCCCCAAGUAUAUGUAUACAUUGUCACAAGUUGUCAGAAAAUGUUAGUUGCGAUGUGUGUGUAAUAAAUUUUGUUUGCUGCCACUUUUGUCAAACGUACCAAUGAGAUUAAUAAUUUAGUUUGGCAACUAAUAAUGAAAUGUUAUUACAAUUGUUAACUGUACUCAUGUAAAUAAAUACAUGUUUGAGUGUGUGAAAAGAGAUAAAAAAAAUCGUUGGUGUUCAAAAUAUUGCUCAUUAUGUAUACUUUUUCAAAACUUUGAACGUAUGUGUCAUCCUCACUGCCAGCCUGACACAAAAUUUUCUCUUAAACAUCGUGUGAAAAAAGACCUCAAAAUUUUGUCGUUCAGUUUCGUGGUUUUUGUUGCUGUUUUUUAAAUAAAUGGCUUCGCAUAUUUAUAAUUUUAGUUUUCAUCAUUUUUUUUUUUGUAAAGAGAAAUAGGUUUUUCAACCAAAAUCAUUUUUUCAUGAAUGUCUUUACUGUGUGUUGUUCAAUCGCAAAUACAAUUACGUUCGCUUGUUAAACUCGUGUAACUUUCAUUCUUCACUGCCAUCAAUAAAUAUUCUGAGUAUGUAGGCUAGAUAUAAAAAGAUUUGACAAUGUACUGUUUCCAAGGCACAUUUUGUAGAGGAUAAAUGUUUGUGUGUAUUUAAUAAAGACUCCAAAAGAAACUCCAAAGUUACAUAUUGAGUCAGUAAGUAUCACUAGAUGGCGCUUUUAAUAUUGAUAUUUUCACCUCUUUAAAAAAAACUUCCAUAUCCUCAUUUUUGUUUAGUAGCCUUAUACUCGUGUCAUUAUUAUGUCUUUCUAUGUUCCUUAGGUAUUCCAUAACAAUUAUUGAAUAAAAAUCAGAGAUUAUAUCUUUGUAGUUCUUUCUUUGUAAACUUUUAGUAUGUGAUUUGAC